CAUUGCAACAGACAUUGGAAAAUUUUUUACCUUUUCCAUGAAUUGCCAGUUGAAAAAUCAGCUGCUUUCCAAGCUAAAAACACUUCCAUUCUGUCAUAUUCAAUCUAUUUUCAAUCAAAAUUCUCUACGACAGUUUCGAACGAAGCCUAACCAUUCUUAUCCUGGUACAGGAGGCAAUGGAGAGAAAGAUUUGGGAGGAAAUUUGUAUCUAGACAAAAGCAGAGGCCAACAUCUCCUCACUAAUCCACGUGUUCUUGAUACAAUUGUUCGUAAAUCUUCGAUAAUUUCAACUGAUACUGUUCUAGAGAUUGGACCCGGCACCGGUAAUCUCACUCUUAGGCUUCUCGAGGUCGCUAAAAAGGUUUUUGCUGUUGAAGUUGAUAAACGAAUGGUAGAGAUUCUUCAUAAACGGGUUUCUGAAUUGGGGUUUAAAGAUAAGCUGGAGAUUAUAUGUGAGGAUGCAUUGAAGGCACAAUUUCCUCAGUUCGAUCUUGUUGUGGCAAACAUUCCGUAUGGAAUAUCGUCCCCUCUUGUGACUAAAUUGGUGUAUGGAGCAAACCCUUUUCGAAGUCUUACACUUUUACUUCAGAAAGAGUUUGCUCGGCGAUUAUUGGCUAAUCCUGGUGAUUCAGAGUAUAACAGAUUGGCCGUGAACGUGAAGUUGGUAGCUGAAGUGGAGUUUGUUAUGGAUGUAAGCAAGAGGGAUUUUCUUCCAUGUCCAAAAGUUGAUUCCUCGGUAGUCAUUAUCCGUCCUAAAGCACAAAUCCCACAUGUAAACCUUGACGAAUGGCGGGCAUUCACAAGAACUUGCUUUACCAAUAAAAAUAAAACCUUGGCAGCAAUGUUUAAGCAGAAGAAAAAGAUUAUUGAGCUAUUUAGAUUAUCUAAAAUGAAGGACUCCCCUAAUAAAUAUGGGGUCACUAAUAGCAACUGUGAAUUUGUUGACGAUGAUGAAGGAGAGGAGAGCGACAAAGAAGGCUUUGAUCCAUGUUCUGACUCAGAAAUGGAGUUGAGCUCGUACAAGAAGAAGAUCAUCGAAGUUCUAAAAGCUCAUGGUUUUGAAGCUAAGAGACCUUCAAAACUGUCUAAUGAGGAGUUACUAAACUUGCUUGCUUUGCUCAAUCGAGCUGGAGUCUAUUUUCAUGGCUGAACAAGAUGAAGCAAUGCUGAAAGUGGAGCAUUUGCUGAUGCUUGGAGCUCAUCUCAGUAAGGACCAUAUGCUUGGUUUAAGCAUGUACCAGGUCAAUCUACUAUUGAAGGGACUGUCAAGAGAAGAAAUGAGAAGAGGUGCAUAAAGCAGCACGAUGCCUUCAGAAAGUGGUUUGAUGAACUACAUUGCAUAUUGAAUUUUGUUUAAGGAAGAAUACUGUGAAGUUGGAUCACUGGGAAUAUGAUGUACUAAAAAAUGUAUGAAUGUGAUCUUAUAUCGCCUGUGAGGAUUGAAUGGACAAGUGAGAACAUGCGCAGAGAUUUUAUGUUAUUUCUUUAAAUGAUUUUGAUUGUCGAAUCCCUAGGGUGCAUCAAUUUGUCCACAAGAUUUUGAAGAUGAAACAAUUUCACUGCUCCCUGAAGUUCUUGUAUUGCUAGUGGGUAUACUAGCAAAAAUUGACACACCUGAAGUUCUUGUACUGCUCCCUGUAAUUUGUGCCGGUACUUAGAUUAGGCACACCUGCAAAAACACUAGACAUGCACAGAUACACCAGACACACUGAGUAACAAUUGAACCAGCCUCAACUUUAGCUGCACCAGUCACUAGUUUUGCUGCUUGCCCUGGCUUGGAACUUUAUCUGUUGUGACAUUUGAAGGUGGCCUUGAAGCUUGUCAAUUUGACUUUUGGGCAGUUGACCUUGGUGUCACACUGCAAAUUCCAGUUCCAGCAACUCUUGAUGGUCUAAAUGGAUUAGAAUUUUCCUGUAUCAACUCCAAGAUAUGAAUUGAAUGACUCACAAAUGUUUUGUGAAGCAUCUGAUUUUGGUAUGUGGUGAGAAAUUUGCCCCUUGUCAAGAAUUAGGAUUGUGAUCAAUUAACCAUUUUUGAGCCCUCUCAUCAAAUUCCAUCAGCUUUCCCAUAUGAUACUUUAAUGGUUUUUCAGUUCCUCUUCCA